UCUCCGAGAGAACCUGUGGUAUCGUAUCGAUAAGUUGCAGUAGUGCAGUAUCGGCUGCAAUCAUGUUGUUCUAUUUGUUUGUGGCGCUUGUGGCCAUCCAUUCUGUCUCGGCGGCCGACGAGCCGAUGGAUCUCAAAAGAGUGCAAAGAGGAGCACUGUACAUCAGGCUGCCAGCACCAUACUCAAGCAACAUGUCGCAGUGUCACGACACUCAAACGGAUGAGUACUACAACGAAGGGGACUUUUGGUCAUCCAAGUACUCGGGAUGCAAGCUCAGCACCUGCGUCAACAUCAAUGGCGUUCUGAACGUAGAACGCUACUCUUGCCCGCGAAUCACCAGAAAUGUGGAUUACAACAUGAUGAGACAGGAGAACUACUUCUGCCACCAAGCCUGGGGCAACCGGAACAAGGCAUUUCCCCUCUGCUGUCCCAGUCUUGCCUGCAGACACUAUGUGAAGGGGAGGAUGAUGCCGCUGCCCAAGCACAUGUAUCCCUACAAGAAGAUCGAAAGCUAGAUUUUGUUGCAUCGCGCUGCUGCUUCAGCAAUAUAAGAUUAUUGUCAGGAAUGGGAAAAGUCCCUAGCUAAGGUUACUGCUAGGAAUAUGUCUCUUGCGUGUGCACGAGAAGCUCUUAUUGGCUAAUGUGUGUAUGCUUCUAAUGAUAAGGUCAAUACAUGAAAUUGCUUCUCAUAAA